AUCGAUAAUUUAUAUUUGUUAAAAGAACAUAGUGCAAUUAAAACGAUCUUCAGAAAAAUUUACCGCAAUACGGUAUUUAGUUGAUACGAUAGUUACGCCAUUGAAAGGAGACAACCGCAUGUGUACGUAAAUACGUACGUACGUAUGUGUAUUUACGGUCGUGGCGUAUCGCGUAUCGAGUCGCCGCCGUCGCUGCCAUUCGAGCGGUUAGCGCCUGCGUACAUCUUGUUUACAACUGCGGAGCUUACCAUACACAUGACCUUUACAAGAUGGACAUGAGCGCCUAUUUAGCUGUCUAGGCGUGCGACGGAAAAAAGUUCAAGAUACGUGCGUGUCGUUUGUGAACGUCGACGUGUACGAAAGAAACCGUGAAAGCGUGUGAUCUUUAAGUUGAUUAUCAAAGAAAACAGUUAAACCACACGUUUGUGAUCACAGUGACGCGGUAUUUGUCGCUCGCACGCGGGCGGAAAGGGGAGAGAGGGAUGGUGGGUACGAAAGGAGACCCGAAUUUUUCACCUCAAGCAGAUGUGAUUGUAGUGAACAGAUUUCGCGUAUGUCCAAUCGAAAGCUGCGUUUAGGACACAUCAUGCAUAAUGCUACAGUGUUAUUCAUCACAUCGUGAAUUCCAUUUGUGUGUUUUCGCAAAGUGCUCGAUAUAUGUAUAGGGGGUGUGGGAAGAGGAGUGUGUUCUCGCAUCGACCUGGAAUGCUGCCGUGUUUUGAUGUGCCUACUAUUGCGCAUGAAAAAAAUUGUCCUGCCCUUGACAAUAGCCUAUUUACCCGAAGCAGACCGUCUUUAUAUCGUGCUUAUUAGUGAUAAGAGGGGUUCAACCACCCACCUGCGUGUGCAUCGCCUGUCCCUCUCUCUUUUUCUCUACCUCUCUACAUAUUUCCUCUAAACGUACUCGCAACGAGCGAACGGCCACGAGUGCGCGCGCGUGCACUCUUUCGCGUGUGUGUUGUACACGUGAAAACGCCCGCGUGUGUCUGCUCUCUGUAUCAUCGUGUAUACAAGUAUUUCUUUAUAUGUGUCUGUGUGUGUUACGCGCCAACCAUUGUGGACCACGCAAUAAAUUUUGCAUUAUUUGACGCGAUAAACAGGUGCACGAAUAAUUCUAACUCAAAAAAGAAAUUUCUUAAAGUUUUUGAAUAAUUCUUUAAAGAAGAUAUUCACAAAUGCAAAAUAUGUAAAUGGUGGCGAAUACUGUUGACCUCAGAUUGCGUGUAAUCCGUCGCCCUAGGAUAUCGCCAGAGUUGCGAGUCGCGGCAAAGGAAACUAGACAAAAUUGUGUGACAGGUGGAACUUAGAAUCUACUAACAAUUACGAUCAUAAAAAGCUGAAUAGAUAGCUUUUGAGUUUAUCAAGAAAUUGAUACAAAGAAUCUUUGAUUUUCAUCGACAGAAUUAACCGUUUCCUAAUUCUUUAACCUUGGAAAACACGGUUAGUCAAUAAUACACUUUUGUUUGAAUUGCAUCGAAAAGACAGAUUCAUGCGACGCUCUUAGUACAUAUUAAGUGCACAUGCACUGUGGUGGCGUGUUAUUGCUUAUUUACCCCCGACACGUGCUUCCACCGUUGGCGUGCUUCAAGUACAAUGAUAUCGACGACAACCUUUGCAUGAUAAAAGCAGGACAGCAGACACGUUGCGCAAAAAAAUAAUACAAUUGUCCAACAAUUUAAAUACAAUUUCGUAAAUUUCUAUCAUGUUAAUGAAAAUAGUGAUAUCCAUAUUCUAUUUAUUGAAAUAUCUAUGCCAGUGAAAAGAUCAUUUCUAACGGAAGUGUGUCCUUUGAACUAAAUUGCUUUAACAACGUGGGUGGGAACGCGCAUUCUACUACAAUGAAGAAUUGACAUAGCAUGUUUGAAUGUAAAAUAUGUGUUAUAAAUUGAUUAUCUAUAACCGUUUGUGUACCAUUUAAAUGGUACAAUAUAACGUUUACCAGAGGAAUUGCAAAAUUCUUCGCGACAACGGCCUUUUCGAUCGUCAUUGGGACGAUGUCUUCGAGCAGGGGUUUAGUCUCCCCUUCAGGAGGUCCCGUUGUUCUCUGCGGUCACGUGAAGAAACUAAAGACUCAAAAGAAAAAGUACUUUGUACUGCGUGGCGAAGCACCAGGAUAUCCAGCAUGUCUUGAAUAUUAUGAUAGUAAAAAGAAAUUUGAAAAUAGACAACCACCGAAACGUAGCAUUUUAUUGGACAGUUGCUUUAAUAUUAAUAGACGCGUAGAUACUAAACACAAACAUGUUAUUGCAUUAUAUACGAAAGAUGAAUGCUUUUGCUUAAUUCUGGAGAGUGAAAAAGAACUGGAUGAAUGGUUAAAAGCGAUGCUUUUACUUCAGAGCGGAGAUGUAGCUGAUGGAGAACAACCUCGGCCUAUAUUUGAACAUGUAUGGCAAGUUACAAUGCAAAAAAAAGGACUAGGUGAACGAAAAAAUAUUCAUGGUCCCUAUAGAUUAUGUUUAACUGAUAGAACAUUAAGCCUAGUAAAAAUUGGAGCAAAGGAUAAUUCAGAUUCUAUAGAAUUUCCUCUAAUUUGCAUCAGAAGAUGUGGAUAUAUGGAUCGUAUUUUCUAUAUGGAAGUAGGUCGUUCAGCAGUCACUGGUGGUGGUGAAUUGUGGAUGGAAGCUGAAGACAACAAUAUUGCACAUAAUAUGCAUGCUGCUAUUAUGAAUUCUAUGAGCAAUUCUAGUAGCAGUAAAGAUGAUGUGGGACCACGUCAAAGAGUGCGUAGUUCUUCUGCUACUGAAGCUAGCAAGCCAAUUUUUGUAUUACCACAUCGAUAUACUGGACAAAGAUUCUAUAAUUCACCAUUAGAGGAACACAGGACGCACGAGGAGCAGGUGGAUCCAGUUCAAGAUCAAGAGCAGUCUAAUCAGACUCAGAGUACCUCUUCUUGCAAUACAAUCACGGUCGUUGCUGGUACCGGGGCUGGUGGGACUGCUGGGAUUGCCUCGACUAAUACCAACUGUGCCACUACCGCUAGACGUCGUCAUUCGGUAGCGAGUCAACCCCAUUCCAUCAAUAAUUCCCAAUCCGUUCAUGUUACAACAACAAGUACAACUACAACAACUACCACUACUAUUACCAUCACUAUGACCGCUACCGUGACCACCACAACCACAACCGCGACAAUAUCCCAUCAGAGAACCUUGUCGCUGCCCUUAGCUGCCAUUAUCAAUCAAAUGCAAUCAUCUAAAAGAUCAGUUUUACGCUGUGCAAAUGGGCGUGACAGAUGUGAUAGCUUGCCAUCGAGGGGUCGUACUACCAGCGAAAGUCAUCCAACAUCGAUAAUAAGUCAUCCUAGAAGUUCUCAUUUUGUGUCUCAUGUGAUGAGACCGCAUUCUAUGUAUGUGAAAGGCGUUUCCUAUUCACCACCAAUCUCUUCGAUGCCUAUUAGUCCUGCUUCCGGUGCAUGUUCCACGGAUUCUGCAGGAUCGUCUCUUUCAAUGGAUGAUGGUGGCGAAAAUGUGUUAGAAGAGGGUACUGUUUCAAGAUAUGGACAUUCUUUGACGCCUGAUGAACCUGUUAUUCUGGAGGAAAAUGGCGACGAUUAUGCUCCGUGGUCCACGUCACAUUCGCAUCAUAAAUAUUCACCAAAUUUUAAAUCUCAUUCUCCUUCUCAGCAAAGUUCCUAUUUAGAAAUGUGUAGUCCUUGUGGAUCGAGUCCUGGCCCAAGUGGAGCUUACAUGCCAAUGAGUUCAGGAACAGGACACUCGCAUUCACGAGGAUCUUCACUUGUAGAGGAAUCAAAUACUUUACCAGAAGGUUAUGUACCUAUGGCACCUGUUGGAAAUAAUGGAUAUGUUGACAUGGAUCCUUCGCAUAAUCACAAUGGUCAUUUUCCCGAUGAUCUAUCGCAUGGUGGCAGUAGUUGUUCCGUUACUUCUGGUACACCUAGCACAGAUUUACGGUUUUCCGAGUAUCAUCUAGAUAAAGUAACAAGUUUUCUUCCACCUGGAGACGAUUUGCAAGCUAGACCAGCAAGAGCCUAUUCCAUUGGUUCUCGACCAGAACCUGUAAAAAGUCAUCGUAAGAAUAGAUUGGAUAUUACUCAGCAAGACGUUAGUAGAGUACGAGCAUUCUCUGUAGGUAGCAGAUCCAAAAAACCUGAACUCGGAAAAUUAGUGAAUGUAGUUACUGCACCAUUACCAGUUGGUUGUGAAAACUCAAGUUCCAAUAAAUCGAACUCUGCACCGUUAUUAUCGAGUUCUUGGGGUCAUAAUUCCGGUUGUUCUAUAACUUCUGAAAGAAUGGAGGAUUUAAUGGAAUUGGACUUUACGAAACCCAGUAUUUCUACAACCUUUAAUUCACCCCCUUCAUCUUAUUCACAACCGCAAUCUCAAUCACAUUCGUUCUCUACUGCCACUGACACCAGUUCCUAUGUUGAUAUGUCUCCUGGACAACCACCCUCGUCGACCACUGCCCCAUACGUGGAUAUGAGCCGCAUAAAUAAGAUUAAUCGUAAUAACAAUAAUAAUACAAUCACUGCCAAUCAAAAUCAUAGUCACAUUCAUGUAUCGUCCUCUGCUUCCAUACAUAAACCCGUAAUUACUACAUUGAAGCCGGUGGAAGAAGCAGAAGGACCAUACAUGAGAAUGGAUGGUAUAAUGGAGGAUUGGUCACAAUCCGGUAGUAGCCCUAAGCUAAUUUCAUCGCCUAUGCAAGAAGAAAGUGUGCAAUCAAAUGGACCGCCAGGAGCCACGAGAACAGCACCGGUCGAUCUUCCACGGCGUCCACCUGCCGACUAUGUUGAUAUGAAUUUCAAACCAAGAACAAGUUUAGAACAAGAUUACAUAAAUAUGAACAUGAGCAAUCGAAACAAUCGUAAACCAAUGGCAACGCGAACCGGUAGUCGUAAAGAGAAAUCACGUUCGCAGCCAAUUGCGAUCCAAGCGGGAAAUAAACCUAUAAAAACGCCUAGUUUCUUACCUUUAAACGGAAGUCCAGAAUCAGAAAGUUUAGCGAGUACACCCGCAUCACCUCCUCGAGCAACUCCGACUGGUUCUUCAGCGACUAUUUUCCCUUUCUCCUUGAAUAGUCCUCAAUCACCCGAGAAAUCAUUUACUCAUCAAAAGAAUACCGAUGAACCUUCAGAACUGAAUAUGACCCUUAAACAUAAUAAUGAUCGUACUAUUGCAGAUGCUACAAAUGGUAGAGUUAGCACGAUCAAUUCUAUUUCUGUAACAGAUGCAAAUAGUACUUUGUCGAAAGUAAUAAUUAAAGAUAGAGCAUCUAGUCCUACAGGGAAGGAUAAUCAAGUUAACCGCAUAAUAUCAAACAACUCAUUGACCUCGCAAGAUAAUACAUUGAACAAUGUAACAAAAAAGUUUUCCGAUUUAAAUGUAUCGAAGCCACGUUUGAUCACUGCGUCUCCAAAUACCAGCCCCACGUUAUCUGGUUUUAAGCCAACUAUUGAAAAACGACCAUCGUCUCCUAAAUUGCCAGAUGAAACACCAACACCUACACCUACCGCAAUGCCAAGUCCAUUAGAAAAAGAGAAUUUUGAUAAAGUGCAAGCUGCUGCGGAAAUUUUGCACUAUGCUAGUCUAGAUCUUCCAGAAGUUGGUAAUGCGGCACCUAUGUCGCCAGCAUCCCAAGAAGGCUUCAAUUACGCUAAAAUCGAUUUCGCUAAACUUAAGCAAAACUAAGCAACUAUCCAUAUAUAUAUAUAUAUAUUAUACAUAUAUUAUAUAUAUAUUAUACGCAUAUAUAUUAUAUAUGUGUAUAUAAUAUAUAAUAUAUGUGUAUAAUAUAUAUAUAUGAUGGCAUCAAUGUAAUAUGCGUGUGCGUCAUAUGUCAUGAAAUGCUGACUUUCUUUGAUUACAUUGACGAGUAUCAAUAGGACAAUCGAUCGUUCUAACAUUGGUCGAGCUAAACGAAAAGAUUAAUCAGAUUAGAGUAUUGGUUAUAAAACUUAAAAUAAUUAAUUUUUUUUUCUUGUUCUCAAUUUUUAAAAUGAGAUCAUUUUAUCUAUUGUAUGCGGUCCCAAAAAAAGUGAGAGAUUACUGACUAUAAUUUUGGUGACUUCGUAUCUGAUAUUGUUUUUUAUUGAGCAUGGUAACGAUUAUGGGAAAUAUUGUUAUAAAUUUAAUGAUGAUCUUUCGACUCGGAGACAAAAUGUAUUUGCAUGUUGCUUUCCAAUAUUCUCCGGUUUUUAAAACGUUUUUGUUUUUUGUUUUUUUUUUUUUUUUUU